AUGACGCAGAAGUGGCGCUCUUUGCGAACAGGUCCGUGGCAGAAGUCUUGGACUCCUGGUGCCAAAACAGAAUUAGUGAGAUUUGCAGCCGAAGAGGCGGUGCAGAGCGAGCUGGCAAGUCAAGCAGAAACCAGACCUGGUGGAGGGACUCCAGUUUCUGUGGGUGGGGGCAGCCAUUCGGUAGCCCAUGAUGCUGAAGUGGCGCUCCUGGCCUACCGCUCAGUGCAGGAGGUGCUCAGCGUAGUGGCCGAGCGGCCAGAGCCCGAGCGACCACCCCAGCGACCAGUGGAACGGCCAGCGAGGCCGCCGCCCGAGCGUCCAGAGAGACCAGCGCGGCGGGAGCCUGAACGACCAGAGCAGCCUGUGGCGCCGGUCAGACCUGCUGGCCAAGAUCAGGAUCGAACUAUCAUAGAUGCUCCGACUUCAGCAACGAUCAGCCAGAGAAGAAAUGUGAGACCUGUGAUUCAGCGCUCGGGCUCAGUGCUGGUGGAUCCAAAUCUCACCGCGCAGCUUUGCAGCCUCCUCAACGCUCCCGAGACGCCACCUGGCGAGGAUGCACGGAUGUGCCGUGAACCACUGCCACGAAGAGCCCGAAAUCCUGAGACGCCGCCUGGCGAGGAGGCACGGAUGCGCCGUGAGCCACUUCAACUCGUUAACCCACCUGUUGCGCCGCAGGUCUUCCUCAAGCUGCUGAACCUUACAGCCCAUCUCAGCCGAGCACAGCAAGGACCUCCGUACGAAGUCGCGGCUCCGCAUCCGACAAAACGUCUGGCGAAAGUGAUGUCAACGAGGCUUUGGAAGAAGAAGUUUUCAACAUCAUGGAUAUGCUAUGUAUGCAGAUUGAGGAACCCCAAGCAGCCUAGAUCUUCGGUCUCACUGAUGGCCUUCGCAUCCAUCACAUGGAAUUCGUUCGCAAUAUGUCAGUGUUGA